GACGCUUUCACGCUCUAACGGUGUCGUUUCGCAACGCAGUUUGGCUGAGCUUGGACUUUGGUUAGGAUACGUUAAUGCGUACGGUGGUGAGAGAUCAGAACGAUCAUUGAGAGAGGUGUGUCUUUGGGUGGUCGAGUGAAGAGGAAAGAUGAGUCUGAAAGUGUACGCCGAUCGUAUGUCCCAGCCAUCCCGUGCGGUGCUCAUCUUUUGCAAGGUAAAUGGAAUAGAGUUCGAGGAAAUCAAAGUGGAACUAUCUAAACGUCAGCAGCUUUCUCCGGAAUUCAAAGCCAUUAAUCCUUUGAAGAAAGUCCCUGCUAUUGUUGAUGGGAGAUUUAAGCUGUUUGAGAGUCAUGCAAUUCUUAUCUACCUCGCCUCUGCCUUUCCUGGAGUUCCAGAUCAUUGGUAUCCUGCUGAUCUUUCCAGGAGAGCUAAAAUUAACUCUGUGUUGAGUUGGUAUCACCUGAAUUUACGCCGUGGGGCAGCCACAUUUGUUCUGAAUACUGUACUAGCUCCUUUUCUGGGUCUGCCGCUGAACCAACAAGCAGCUGCAGAAGCUAAGAAACUUUUGUGCUCAUCUCUGUCAACAUUAGAGAAUGUAUGGUUAAAGGGGAAUGGCCGAUUCUUGCUUGGUGGCUUUCAACCAUCCAUAGCAGAUCUCAGCCUGGUCUGCGAAAUCAUGCAAUUAGAGCUUCUGGAUGAGAAGGAUCGCGAUUGCAUUCUUGGCCCACACGAGAAAGUUCAGCAUUGGAUUGAGAGCACAAGAAAUGCAACAAAACCUCAUUUUGAUGAAGUUCAUAAUGUCCUCUAUAUGCUCAAAACGAGAAUUAGGGUUAAAACCGCACUACCUUCAAAGAUGUGAGAGUAUACAUGUGAAAAGCUUAUAUGUAAUAUUAAUAGGAAUGUUUUUGCAUUUAGCAAUUAUUAUGAAGGCUUGAUGCUUGAAAGAUGUAAUUCAUGCCUGUAUCUGUAUUUAGCCUCCAGUUCGACGACAAUGUUGAAGCAAAUAAAUGUGAUUGCCAAAUGCCAUUAGAAGAUUUAAGAGGUCCUAGCUACUGGAAAGUUGUACUAUAAUGUGAAGGUGACGGAUAUACUUUCUUGUGCAAGGUUGCACGUCUGCAUGAGAACGUGUACAAGAAGAAUGGCAAAAUUCAAGAAAAAGAAAAGUGAUUAGUGACAGACAUUUUGAUGAUA